UGACUUGGUUUUUGACAAAAAGUUGACAGCAUGGCGACUUCAGCGUUAGAUUCUGAAAUCAUGAAGAGUGAUAAAUAUUCGAUAUUACUGCCAACAUACAACGAAAGAGAGAAUCUUCCGAUUAUUAUUUGGCUUAUUGUCAAAUAUCUAGAUAAUUGUGGAUAUGAUUAUGAGGUCAUAAUUAUCGACGAUGGUAGUCCGGAUGGAACUUUGGACAUUGCAAAACAGUUACAAGAGUUAUACGGAUCAAGUAAAAUCGUGUUACGUCCCCGAGAAAAGAAGUUAGGUUUGGGUACUGCAUACAUUCAUGGCAUAAAGCAUGCAACCGGCAACUUCGUUGUUAUCAUGGACGCUGACUUGAGCCAUCAUCCAAAAUUCAUCCCACAGUUCAUAGAACUGCAACGUAAGCAUGACUAUGAUGUGGUGUCAGGUACGCGAUACAAGGAUGGAGGUGGCGUCCACGGUUGGGACUUCAAACGAAAGCUCAUAUCUAGAGGGGCCAACUUUGUUACUCAGACGUUGCUUAGACCAGGCGCUUCAGAUCUUACUGGCUCUUUUAGGUUGUACAAGAAGGAUGUUUUACAAAAGUUGGUGGACAGUUGUGUGUCCAAGGGUUAUGUCUUUCAAAUGGAGAUGAUUAUAAGAGCAAGGCAGUUGGAGUACACAAUAGGAGAGGUGCCGAUCACAUUUGUUGACAGAGUAUACGGCGAGUCAAAGCUAGGUGGAUCGGAAAUAUUCCAGUUUGCGAAAGCACUCCUUUAUCUCUUUGCAACAACAUAAUAAAUUUUAUAAGUUGAAAAUUAAAUAUUAAAUAGUCACAAAUCAAUGAUGAAUUGAAAUGUGUUAAAAUAUAUUCUAAAUGCAAGGUAUAAUGUAUGCCUUUUAUACUUAUAUUCAUAGUUCAUAGUAUGUUUGAAACUUAAGGAAUAUUUUUAACAUUACUAUCAGCUAUAUGGCAUUUCUGGGAAUGUCUCAACUUUGGGAACUGGCUUGAAAUCAUAUACAUAAUUGGCAUCACUUGGUUUCCAGGAUUUGUGCCUGGUGGCAUUAGGCUCGCCCCUAUUACAUAGGACUUAAAAACAGCUGGCAAAGAGUGGAUGUAUAAUGUAUUAUACAACCUCUGCCUACCCCUUCAGGGAUACAAGCGUGAUGCUAUGUUUAUGUGUUUUUAUUACUCUACGUAAAUUUUCGUUUCGCCAAAGGUUAAGAAUAUAUGUAAAAUUGUCGGCGUUUAUUUAAAUAAAAAUAACUAUUUUUAUAUUGUGACAUAAUAAUACGGAACACUUAAAUACAUUCCGUACCAACAAUAAUAUUUGUUAUAAAUAUUACUUCAUUUAUCUAUUUCUUGAAUGCAUAAUUAACCUUAAAAAAAUAUUGCAAUCCAAAUAGUUUUAAUAUAAUUU